UAAAAUCGGACCAAUAGCUAGCAGGACAUCAGACGAGCCUUCACACAGCCUUCCCACACUUUCCCCUUUACUUACUCUUACGGCCGUAAUCAUGUGACGGCGAUGUAGUGGCCAAGUCUACUAUCGUCAAAGACCGCAUGAUGUGCCCAGUGUUGCAAUGUGAAGCUUGACAGAAGGUCACGCACUCAGCGACCAGCAGGAUACAGAAAUAGUAGGCUACACGGAGAAAGUGGAAAUACUGAUUUAUAAUUUGGACAAGAUAUUUCCAAGCACACGGGGGUAACCACCACAACAGCAUUCAAAAGGGAAAACAUUCAGUGGGGAGGAGGGAGCACCAAGGAAUGGUGGAUCGCUUUCUUCUUCAGAGAGAAGAUUCGUCCUUCCUGCCGCCACACGCUUACUGUUCCCCUCAGUACUGCUCCAGCUUCUCAGCGAUGGUGACAGACGAGGGUGGCUACCACCUGCUGCCUUCGCCGUUCUCCGAGGAUGACCUGAGUGACACCUCCAGCCUGCGCUCCUGCUCCAGCCCCGAGUCCCUGGCUCUGGGCUCCUCCAGCCUGAGGAGGUCUUGCUCCAGUCCGGAGUCCCUGGCGUUAGGCAGCUCCAGCUACGGGAGCAGCAUCACCGGCUCCAGCAGCGGGGGAGAGAGCCAGGAUGGCCUGCUGGACUACCUGCUGUCCCAGGCCUCCCUGAACACCUCCUCCUCCACCACCACCUUCAUGAUCUCCUCCUCCUCCUCCUCCUCCUCCUCCUCCUCCUCCUCCUCGUCAGGCAUCUCCAGCAUCUCCACCUCCUCCACCUGUGGCGGUGGUGGUGGUGUCACCUCCUCCUCCUCCACAAGCCCCGUGCCUCCUCUGCUGCCCAUGGGCCUGGCCUGGGAGUCGGAGUCUGAGGAGUCGCCGACAGGGUCUCGGCGGCGGGGGGACUCGCGGACCCCCAAGGAGGAGGAGGAGGAGGAGGGCUUCGGCUUCCCCGUGUUCCCCGUCGACCUGGAGGACCACGACCGGCUGCUCCUGUUCCAGCCCACGCUGGAGGAGAUCGACGAGUUCCUGGAGGAGAACAUGGCGGUGGCGGCGGCAAUGAAGCACGGGGGUCACGGGGGUCACGGGGUCAACGAGGCCAACAGUCUGCUGCUGCGGCAGGCUACUACUUAUAAAGACAAUGAAAGCAGCGCGACAGUGAAAGUGAAAGCAAUGCAGCACUCGUCGGCAAUGCACUUGGGGUUGGAGGAGCGCGGUGAAAGUGAAAGCAAUGCACUCUGGAUCGGAGCGCUUGGUGAUUUUGCACUAGACCUGGACCAAACCGUGUCCUCCACCGGUGGUGGUGGUGGUGGUGGUGGUGGUGGUGACAUGUUCAGUACUGGCAGUGACAAGGAGAACGAUGACGACAAUGAGCUCUUGACGCCUGUUGGCUGUUCUUUGACAGUUUCACCAGUUGUUGUUAAAAAGGAGGACUGCUCCUCCUACUCCUUCGCCGGUAAGUCGGUGACGCUGGAUGGCGGUACGGGCGGCGGUGGGGUACCGGUCAUUUUACAAAUCCAGCCUGUGCAGGUAAAACAGGAGCAGAGCCCUACUGCUAUUAGCGCGUCGGCGUCGGCAGUGGCGUCGUCGCUUCAGCCCAGUGCAGCAGCCCAGUCGGCCUCCUCCUCCUCCUCCGCGGACAUCAAGAUCGCUCAGCUGCUGGUCAACAUCCAGGGCCAGACCUUCGCACUGGUCCCUCAGGUGAUGCAACAACCUGCCAACAACAACAACCGCACCAACAACCCCUCCUCCUCCUCCUCCUCCUCCUCCUCCCCUUCCAAGUUCGUCCGCAUCGCUCCCGUGCCCAUCGCGGCGAAGCCCAUGUGCCUGGGGGAUGGUAGCGGGCUCAUGGUUGGGGGGUCGCAGGGGUCGGGGGGGCUGCUGGUGGCGGGGCAGAAGUUCCAGAAGAGCUCGGUGGCCGACCUGAUCAAGAUGCACAAGUGCACGUUCCCCGGCUGCGCCAAAAUGUACACCAAGAGCAGCCACCUGAAGGCGCACCUCCGGAGACACACGGGGGAGAAGCCCUUCGCAUGCACCUGGCCCGGAUGCGGCUGGAGGUUCUCAAGGUCAGACGAGCUCUCGCGACACCGGCGCUCCCACUCGGGAGUGAAGCCGUACCAGUGCCCGGUGUGUGAGAAGAAGUUUGCCCGCAGCGAUCACCUGUCCAAACACAUCAAAGUCCACCGCUUUCCACGAAGCAGCAGGACAGCGCGCUCUGCAAACUGACCCCAGACAACCCCCCCUAACCCCCCCACCUAAGCCCCAUCACUACCCACCCCCCCCCACC